AAAAUGCGUUUCGUUUAAUAAGACUGACAGUGAGAAUAUACAUCAGUCAGAUAUUGUUUAUAUAAAAGAUGAGAAUAAGAGUGGCGAUUUUAUGCACUGGAAUGAAAUAGGGUUCAUUUUAAAAUACAGGUGUUUUCCUAUGGGCUCAAACCUACAAUGCGCUGAACACUGUGAUCCUCAUCCAGCACUUAAGCGCAUAUUUAAGCAUGAAUAUUCUUGUUGAAUUUAACAGGACUGCUUGUAUGCUUAAGUGCUUUGCUUGAGACCUGACUGCUGAAUUCCUCCCAGGAUCAAACCCGUAGCCCUUUGUAAAUACUGUGUGGGAAAGACACCGUAUAUCUUAAAUACAUAACAUGAAAUUCAUAACCUGUUUUACUUGAACAUUUGGACAGCAUAUAUAUAUGUGAUAGGCUGUAGAGAUGAGGCAAAACUAAGUCCAAUCAGUAGUUGGAUAUAUGAUGAAAAGUGCUAAAGAUAAACUGUAGAUGGAUGCAUAGAUACUUAAAAUAAAUUAAUGGGAAUUGAGAGCUCUUAUCAUUUUACAGGAGGCCCUUGGCAGCUUAAGUGCUGAGCAUUAAGACUAUAAAUUAUUUGUUUGCACUUUUAUAAAGGUCAUAUGUGUAUAUCUACUUCUAGACUCAGAAAGGCAAUUUAAGCUGGAUGUUCAAUAUUGCCCCUACAUGAGCAGCUUGAACCCUGGAUUUCUAUAAUAAGUAUACAGAUGGAACAGCUAUGCAGUGCAGCUCAACACAUUUCAAACUGGCAUAAGAUAAUUAACAACAAUUUGCUGGCUAUGAAAAAUAUUCUUUCUGUGCGAGGUGAGCGUGGCAGAGACUCAGUAAAAAGAUCUCCUUAGUGGAGCAGCCAGUUUUCAGAGGUAUGAUCUUUCCGUGUCUCAUCUGCCAAAACUUUGAAGUAAUCCUAGAACACCCAUUUAGUGCCAUGGGCCAUUCAUGACUGACAGGACAACUGGUUUGUCUGUUGAAAUCCAAAACAACUGGUUCAUAUUCCCCCAAUUGGUUCACGCCCUUUUACACCCUCUCAGUGAACUUCAAAAACUUAACUCUAACUCUAGCAGUGUUGUCAACCCUUGAGAUUUUAUCACGAAUCUUGUGAUAUUUGGUGUUCAUAUUAACCUCCUCCCGACCACCUAGUUGCUGGGAAUUUUUUUAAAAAAGUACAUUUCUAGCCCUUAUGGCUACAGAAAAAACCUUUAAAAUUUGAAGCAAGUGCAUACUAAAGUCUCAGAAACCAGAAAGCGAACAAUCCCCCCCCUUUAUUAUUUUAAAAGAAACUCAUGAUUUUUAAGCCAACCUCAUGAUUUUGGGGAGAUCUCAUUUGAUUUUUUAACUCUUGAGGUUGGCGACACUGACCUGCAGCCAAAAUGUCUACAAACUGUAUUUGAUUUAAAUCGAAGCCACAGUAAUUGUGGAGAUGUUGUUAAAGAAUUGUUUAAAGACAGUGACCGGUAAUAAAUUGUUGCUUUUAAUUUUAUCAGGUUUUCCUGUUUAUGUAUUUGUUGGUGAUUUUUAGGUAACUGAAGUCCACAUAAAAAUGCCUGAUAACAAACAAUGGAGGAUACUUUCUGAUAGGUUAUUCACACCACCAUGUUCCCUUAGGAAAAUCUAUGGCAAAGGAUCUACAAAACGUAAUGACAAAUGAAGCUUUUUUGCAGACAGAUGCACCACUUCGGAACACAGAUAACUAAGGGCUAGCGUGUGGAUCUGCCACAAGCCAUGUAUAAGUGAUGCACCAGGAACAGUGCAGGGAAAGAACUGCCUGAAAGGCACAUUUCCCUCCCUGCUUCCAUGUUGCUCUGGGCAGAGGGUAGUAAUUUUCUCCUGGCCUAUACAAGCAUUUAAUGACACUAUCCCAACACAGCGUGUGUUAGCCCAUAUGUCAAGGAGACAGAACCAAAGUUCUUCUCUUUCCCUUGUGCUUUUCACCCACCUGCUACAGGGAGAGAAAGUAGCAGACACAGUUUCUUCUUACCCCUGCGCAUGUGGACCUAUGGUCCAUUUAACUUGCACAGGAGUACAAGGGGAGUUCUUAUUCUCUGUGAAGCCCUGAGUAGGUGCACAGUUUAACUCACAAUCUAAGCCAAAGGCUAUUUAUAAUAAUGACGACAGUGAUGUGAAUAACGAGGUUUGAAUUAAAGGGACAGUGCCAUAUACUUUACCCUACAUGAAAAGGUUUUACAAAACUUAAUACUGAUUGAAAUAAUAAUUUUGUAAAAAUUACAUAAUUUAAACAAUAUACCUUUAAACAUAUUUUUUUAAAGAGACUGUUUUGUGUUUUCACAUGUUAUCCUGCAGUAUUCACUGUCCAAACAUUGCAGUAUUGUACUAUUACAUGAAAAUCAGGAAAAGCAAUUGAGACAAAACUGGCUACAAAUAAACCAAGAAAUACAAAGAGUACAAGCAAAAUAAAUAGUGAAAAGUGCAUUCAGUUCUGAAACUUCUUUCCAAGUAUAGAAUCUAUGGCAACUUAAAUGAGGACUGGGUCAGAUCUGCAGGAUUUUUUCCAUUGUUCUUAUAACAUGAUACUAACGAUAAUUUAUGGAGCAAAUGAAAGACACAUACAAUUCCACUAGGAAAUAUAGCCAGCAGUAGGGCAAGAAGAAAAAAUAACAGAAAAAAUAGCAUUUAUGAAAAUAGUUCUCUCUUUUAAUGCAGACGAGACAUCAGGUGUUUAAAGGCAAUCUUUGAAAAAGGUAGGGGGCACAAAAAGAUAAGAACCACUAUUCCUAGGGAGCUUUCUAGAAUAGAAGCUUAAGAUUCCCUCCACAGAAAUUAAUACCUCAACAUAUGGGCCUAUUUCUUCUGUCCAGGGAAACUAGCACUUUUUCAGCAAACUAUGAUUUAAGAAACAUGACAUCUUGGCAAAAAACCAUUGAAAACAGCAGAAGCAUGCUACUCAGACCAGUGUGGACAAGGUCUUAAUGGUUAAGACUUUGAUCCUGCAAACAAUUACUGUAUGUACGUGUUUAACUAUAUCUUUAUGAAUACACCUAUUGACUUUGACAGGACAUUCACAUGCAUAAAAUUAGACGUGCAUAUGUUCUUGUGCGGCUGGGACAUAGUAGCAUCAAAACUAGUUUAAAAUAGCAUAGUACUAAGUAGAGUGGCCCCUUCAUGUACUGGUUUAAAAAAAAAACACAAAAUAUUUUUUGUGAGAAAUUGUCACAAAAAUCUUCAUCAAAAUUACAAACUUUAUUAUUAUUUGUAGUGUUCUGAUCAAAAUACAUAGGUGACGUCAGAUGAUCCUUCCUUUAGAGCAACUCUAGAAUGACAAGAUGGCAGAAACUGUAGAUCCCCUUCUAUAAUGGGGCACAUGCUCCUGCCCCAUUACUGUCAAUGGAAGUUAACUUUCACUGAAGCAGGAUCAGGCCCUGUUAAAGCGUCUGACACUACCUGAUCCUGCAAAGCACCAAGUGCCCCCUGCAAAGUGCUGCAUAUCCUCACCUUUCACUGACUCUUUAGGCUGGACUUCAGUGGGAGUUAAGGGAACUUAGCAUAUUUCAGUGUUGAAUCCAAUGCUAUGGGGAAAGAGAGGCAUCCUCUUAAAAAAAUAAACUGUGUCUAUGAAUAAUAAAUCAAGCUGCAAUGAAAAUAUGUACAGAGUCAAGUCCUGCACCUCUUUCUGAAAAGAAACCUAUUGACUUCACUAGGGAGAUUUGCUUGUGUCAGGACAGCAGCAUUAGACCCUUAUUAUCUGGGCAUUUAACUGCAAGAGCUCAGCAAGUUAUUGAAUCUCUUCAUUUUUAUUUAGUGAGACACAUAGAGACUACUGAACCACCAAUGGUUCCCUGUUCUGUUGGUAUGUCCCUCACUGGACAGCCAGAAUUUUGAAGCAAAGAAAAAUAAAUCAUGUAAAAAAUGGUAAGCUUUCAUUCGUCUGCCUAGAUCUUUUACUGGCCGCAUGAUAUUCCAUUUAUUUUCUAGUAAACAUCAACAUGAUAUAUCUAAUGUUAUUGUGCACCUCUUAUCUAUUUCAUGGAAUUUAUUGAAUCUAACCUAAACACAUUUAAGUGCUACAGCAGGUUUCAUAUAUAAGAAAACAACCUAAUAUGGAACACAUGGCACAGGAGUUAAUACGUAUGUUUUAUUUCAUUCAGUGCAAGUAACUACACUGAUGUGACAUUAAAGCAUGCACAUUAGAAUGCAUAGGUUAAUUCUUCCUUUUCAGUGUCCCUUAAUAUGAGAGUAUGGCGUCUUUCUAUAGAAUUAAUGGGUGUUAAAUUUAUAACAAGUAAAAAGGAAAUACUGACUCACACGAGGCCAAAUAUUAUUUGCACUUCUUCAUGAGUCUUCAGUGAGGGGUAACUUGUGGUAAGUUGAGCAUAAUUUGGCCAGCGGAAUAUAUAGAACUUAUAUGAAACUCAGUGCUAAAGGAGUUUAUAUAAAUAAUUACUUUUAUGACUAAGGAUAACACUUGUAGUUAUGGAAGCUUUAAUGUGUAAGCAGAUUGCUGCAUGUGCCGAGAAGGAUAUUGUCCCUUAUACACAGUGCCAGAUAAUUAGUCAGGUCACAGGUGUUUUAAUCAUCUUCAGAAGCCUCAGGCAUUGGCCACAGCUGGAGGCAGGACAUCAGUCUUAAAGGACAAAUGGAAAUAUCCAGAAUGACAAAUCCUAUGUUAGUUUGCCAGAUUAUGAGGCAGAUUCUGAAAACUGGUGCUUAAACUUUUUUUUGCAGCAAACGCUACCCCCGGUGCUUACUUGAAUUAGGUAAAAUACUGACAAUAAAAUGUUGUUUCAUUGGUAUCCAUCUGUUUUCAAGUCCCUGAAACAUCUGUGAAAUGAAAGCAAUCCUAUGACAUUUCUAAUAUUGUUUUUUGGUUAUAAUUUUGCAUGAAAAAAGAUUGAUAGGAUGUCUGCAAAAAUUUCACAGCACAGUUUCAUGUUUCCUUUUCACAUUUUAAGCUAUAUCUGUUUAUUGUAAUUGGUCACCGAAGUUGUAUGACUUUUUGUCAGGGGGUGGGGGUGGGAAGAGGGGAUCCUUUUUGCUGGUGCCUACUCCAUGUAGUCAGAAAGAUUCAUAGAAGCAAUUUUGAAAGUUUUUUUGGCAGUGAGAAGACUGGAAAUUGUGUGCUGUCUGUGAGAUAAUCCCCAAAAGCUAAUCCAUUGCAUCAGACUACGUUGGGAACCAAAUAUAUAUAUCUAUAGUAUUUAGAGGGAAAUCUCUGUGUGUGUGCACUGUUCUGGGCCAUUAUUUCAUGAAUGCCUGCUUAAGCCUUGUCUCAAGCUAGACCUAGAAAUACCAUUUCAGUCAGGCCACUCUGCCUUUAAUAUUUAUUUGCUCCAACUUUUAAUUACAUUGCCCAUAUCAGUUUCAUCCACCAAGGACAGUGUCUGUUUGUGUGUUAAAGACAGAGCAAUAAAGAUUCCUAUUGCAAACUGUCUUAAAUGUUUCAAACUUCUACCAAAAAAAGCCCCAAAGUAUUUCCUUCCAGAAAGAUCUUUUGAAAAUGAGGUUUAGAACAAGAGUGUUAUUUCAACCUUAACUAUAGCAUUGCUAUGUUAGGGGUCAAUUUUUCUUUUUAUACUAAUAUGGUGCUGAAAAAGUAAAACAAUGUGUAUGUUUUGUGUUACAACUGCACAGUGCAAGUGUCUGCAUGUACACACGAACAUAUAUGUGUGCGUUGGGCAGAUUAAAUUCAUACCAGCUGUAGAGAGAUUAUCAAUCCUAGUGAUGAUUUCUGUUUCAAAUACAAGAAUCUCUGAAACUUGUAGAAUCUCUACAGACGUAAUGAACUAUUAAAGUGCAUCCAGUGUACACAUCUGAUUGUAUGUACGAAGGGUGUGUUGGCAGAGGGCACAAACCAGGCAGUCUGUCAGUACUGUUCUUCUUUCGGCUGGGGCUCAUUCAAAAUCUAUUAAUUUGGAACAUGGCAACAGUAAUCUAAGAAUCACCAUUAGUUAAACACAAAAAUAGCUGCUGGAAUCCAAAGCAAUUCAUGAGGACAGCACCAGCACUAAAUCACCUCUGCCAUUUGAAGAUGAUACCCCAUCCAGAUUUAUUUGCAUCUGACCAAAACUUGUAAUAGUUCUAUUUAUUGUUUUUGCAAAUAUUGCACUGAUAGACAGCUUACUACUGUGCAUACCAAUACACAUGAAUGUGGUGAGCUAUUAGGAAUUAAUGCAAUACAAAUAAUUGGAAGCAAAUGAAGGCAUUCAUUGGUUCUCUCUCAGUUUAAGAAGAAUCUCCACCAUUGGAGGUAGAUAAUGGAAGGCCCUGUAAUUAAUGCAUAGCAAACCAAGGGCUAAACAUUGCAUAUAAGAGAUACAGCAAUUUUUAAUAUUUUAAAUCACUACAUCUAUUCCUUUCUCCUGGGAACUUUGGCCCUGGUGGAGUUCUGACAAUCUGAUCAUGUCAGCCAGAUCAUGCCAGAAAUGAAGACUACUUGUCUUCCCCAGAGUGUUGCAGUUACCAGAAAUUGAAAAUGAUAUGGAGCCUUCCCAUCCUGAAAUCACAUUUUGUGCCACCAAGUUACACUGCUUUGCACACAGACUUACAAGAAAUCAACUCAGAUGAGCUAGCAGGGGAUCACAGAAUCUUGCAUAAAUCCCUUGUUAAGAGGGCAGACCGCCGGUCUCAUCUCAAUUAUCAUUUUAAAAAAGUAAGUUUUCAGCCCUUUUCCUUGUGUAGAUAGCCUUGAAAUGAUGUAAAGGGAUGAAAGGAGAAAACUACUGAGUUGGUCUCCACUUCAGCAGCAGGAGUCAGGGUGUAUGUGUUGGCAAGGAGAGAGAUGAAAGAUUCUACCCCCUCUCCCUUUUAGUGUAAAAUAAGUCUAUUAACUUUGAGGUGUGUCUGGAAAUAUCAUCUCUCUAGGCCUCCCCCAAAACCUCAGACUACCCUUGUGCCUCACAGGGUAAUGAUGCUGGACAGGAAUUAGUGUUGUUUGUGGUAGGGUGGGAUUAUUUUGAAGGCCAACUCCAAAAUGUCAGCUCUGCUAGAGUUAACAUUUUGAGACCUCUCUAAGGCUGGGCCUGAGCCAGCUGCCUCACACUCACACAGCUACUAAGCUGCAGGUUUAUACCCACUAUCCUUCCUGCAUUGCCCACCUGUAGCCACCACUGAUAACACAACAGGAAUGCAGUGGGCAGUCUCUUGCUGCACCUGACCACCGCGCCAGUGGGGCACAGAGGUGCUGCCAAGCUGCUGGUGCACUGAGGAGGAGCCUGGCAGUUGCUCCUGCUGCGCUUGCCUCUCUCCCUGCCCAGCCCCAGCUAGAAGCUGAAGAGCUUUUAUGGGAGGGGAUUGAAGCCUAGUUUCAACCCUUAUCCUAUCACCCUGGGGAGAUCCCUUUCCCCUGUCCAACCUCCUCCGCCAGCUAGGGAGACCUUCCCACUUUCAGAACCAAAGGGGAUUCGUUCACCUUCCAGCAAGUGGAGGGAUUUGUGAGGGCAAGUGAAUGUAGUGGGAUAGGAGUCCUCUUUUUAAAAAAAUGUGCAAAUUAUGUACAGGCCUCAGGGUCUUGACAUGGCCCUCAGUGUUGCACAGUUUAUGUAUCUAAGUUAUAGAUAUACAUAGAAAUAAUUGUUUAUUAUUGUUUGCAAUUAGCAAUUUAAUUUCCUAGUAGUAGUAAAUGAACAUGCCUGUUUGUAGGUAAUUUAUAGUAACACAGAAUAAUUGCUAGACAUCAAAUACUAAUGGAGAGACUGUGGGGCCCUAGUUCUUCCUUCUCUGUACUUAUCCAGUACUGUCUGCUACUCUCAGCUCACCACAGCAGUCUGCAAGUUUCUGCUCUACCUUUUCUGCACAAGAUGGACUCUUUAGGAGUCUGCAGGAUGUUCAGCUCUUGCAUUUGUGCUAAAGCCUGUCCUGACUCUGUGAAUUCCUGUCAGAGAUGCUGGUUUUGUCCAGCCUGGUGCUCCCAGUUUCAGAGGUUUUCUUUUCCCACAACCUUUUCUCUGUUGCAUCAGGUUGAUUUUGUUUUAAGGUCAUGAACUGGAGCUGGUCACUUCCUGGACCUCAGUAUAUUGGAAGGCUUUCUAUAUUAUAAUUGCCCUAUUGACAGUAGGCAUUUAAUCUUCAGAAUCUGCUGGAAUAGUCUAUUUAGCCUGUAUAUUCUUUCUUUAAGUGGCCAAAUAUAUAGGGAAUGAAUUUAUUUAUUCCAACAAGUGCUCCUCAAGUCACAACUCCUCUGAUUCUCCCGAAAUGUGUACCAAAACUGGGGAGAAGCCAGAAUGGAUUCAUUCAUGAAGACCUUGCUAAUUGAACACUUCAGUUUAGUUUGUUCUUAUGUUCAAUACAAUUUACAGACACAAAACCAUUUUUAUGUGCUUAUCAUAGAGAAAUAGAGGCUGGAUUGAAAUGACUUUGAAAAUAUGACCAAAGCUGCCCUCAUGGGGGCAUCCAAGGGCCUGUUUUGAGGAUGAGCCCAAUGAAGAUGAAGAGAUUGAGGAAGAUCAGGUAUGAGGAGGGAGAUCGGCUGGCUUCUUGGCUAGUUCCCUGCUGUAGGAAAUUAUCCCUUUUGCAGAUAACACUGAACUACAUGCUCAGCAUUCAUGAACUUCAAUGGGACUUAAGCGUGUACUUAAAUGUUGUCCUAAAUUGGGAUGGACUUAGACAUGUACGUAUGUGCUUUCCUGAAUUGGGGCCUAUAAUAAUAACAUCCACCUUUGUUCAUUGACAUUUCAUGAGCAUGGACUAAGGUACAUGAAAGAACUGAAUCUAAAACCCAUGUUAAUUUUGGAAGGACUGAAGUGAGAUGUCUCGUUCUCAUACCUCUAAUAGCUGCUUCAUCAGUGAACCACAACUCCUUUGAAAGCAAGAGGAGAAAUUUCACCAGACACAAGUUAGGCUAGGAACAGAAAGAUGACUCCCAGACAGAAGCAAGAUUUUCAGCCCCAUCUUGAAGACACUGAUAUCAUCAUUUCUCUUAUCUCUGACUCUUUAGCAGUCAGCGCUAAGAAUUAUGUUUUGGGAACAGCUUCUAAGAAAAGAAUCUCUCACUUUUGCCCUUUGCUCUUCCCAUUUGUCAUUAAUUCAGCUCCCUUUAUUGUGUGAGUCAUGUUAUAAAUCUGGUCCAUAGAUUGGAAGUUUUGUCUAAAAUUUUACUAUUCCUUUCUUUGUCAUCAAGAAAAAAUAAUUCUAGGUAAGUAUUAUAUUGGAAUCCCAAAAGUAUCUAGAUUUCAAUGCACCUAUAUCCCUUAGUUGCUUAUUUCCUGGACUUCUAAUUUGCAUUUGUUUUCUAUAACCAGGCAUAAAAAUUGACAAAUUCAGAUACAUGAUUCAAAGCCAUAGGCACCAUCUGUGGAGCUUUGGACAUUGUUGCAGGAUAGCAGGUAGAUUUUGCAAGAUUUUAAUUGAAGCAUACAUGCACAGAUUGUGAGGAUGGAUGCAUUUUCUAAGGCUACUCUCUGAACAACUAUCCAUGGUAGAGUCAAUUGAUAAAAUAAAACAGCAAGUGGUUCAGAAUUUAUGUCUUUGCUUUUUAAGAGGAAUGAGUGGUAUUGAGGACUAUAGAUGUAGCCAAAACAGGGAAUCCAAGAAGUAAAUAUAUUAGAUUUCACAGAAUAAUGGGAAAUCUCACAUAUUUACAAAAUAGGGUUAAUUUUGAAUUGAGAGGGACUUUGUAGACUGUAAUUAGCAGAUGCUUCCUACAAAGCACAAUCAUACUGUUACUUUAUUCCAUUCCUCAGUCCCACACCAGAGUGAGCUCUACUGUUUUUUAAUUUAUAUUGGUACAAAUAAAGAUGUAAAACUUAAAACCAAACAAUGUGCUCUGGCAUUAUUUUAGUUUGGCAUUUUUGUUUGACUGAAAUAGAGAAUCUUCUUUUAAUGAUGCCUUGAUUUAUGCAGGAUUGUUUACCUCUGCACUUGGAAUAGAAUAAUGACUUGGCACUGAAAUGUUUAUCUGUUCGUAUUAUUUUUAUAUACGUUUGCAGAUGAUACUUUUCUAUUAAAUGUUUCAGCCUGUAUGGUGAGUUACUAAAAAAAGCUUAAUCUGAAAAUAGAGUGAUUGCUCAAGAAGACAGUCCUCUGAUUCUUCUAUUUUUUUAAAAAAAUUUCUCACUCCUCUCAGAGAUGAUCUCUUUCUGUUUCAUUGUUUCUAUUUAUUAUUUAUCAUAAUUAUUAUUUUCUAUUUGAUGGAGGCCAGCAGUGUACUUGGCAUUGCAGACAUCAUUGGAGAGACAUCUUCCCUGCCCCCAAGGAGCUUCCAAUCUAAACAGACAAACAACUGCCACUGUGAACAAAGGUGUCCAGAUGUGAGCAAUUCAAGUUAUGCAAAGAUGCCAACAGCUUCAAAAAUCAUCCCUAAAGACUGUGUCACUGAUUUUGGCAAGGACAAAUUUCACAUUGACGGACCUGAGCACUGGCACAAACUUUACCCUAUUGCCAAAGGAGACCAUCAGUCACCUAUUGAAAUCAAUUCCAAAGAGGUCCAGUAUGACCCCUCUUUACCACCUUGGUUUGUUGGUUAUGAUCCUGGUGCAGCGAAGACCAUACUGAACAAUGGGAGAACCUGCAGAGUUGUGUUUGAUGACACUUUUGAUAGAUCAGUGGUGCGAGGUGGACCACUCCCAGGACCCUACAGGCUGCGUCAGUUUCACUUCCAUUGGGGUUCCUCUGAUGACCAUGGCUCUGAGCACGUUGUAGAUGGAGUGAAAUAUGCAGCAGAGCUUCACUUGGUACACUGGAAUCCGAAAUACAGUAAUUUUGCUGGAGCUUUGAAACAACCUGAUGGCGUGGCCGUUGUGGGGAUUUUUCUGAAAGUAGGAAAAACUCCCAAACCAGAGAUGAAGAGAAUUCUUGAAGAAAUAGAUAAUAUUAAGACAAAGGGGAAAGAGGCUCCUUUUCAAAACUUUGAUCCAUCAAUUCUUUUCCCUAAAUCUCGGGACUAUUGGACCUACCAUGGCUCCUUCACUACACCUCCUUGUGAAGAGUGCAUUACCUGGAUUCUUCUGAGGGAGCCUAUUGAAGUCAGCCCAGACCAGAUGGCAAAGCUCCGUAGCCUUUCCAUCAAUGCUGAGACAGAACCUGCUCGCCCCAUGGUGGAUAACUGGCGCCCUCCUCAGCCUCUGAAGGGAAGGGUGGUGAAAGCCUCUUUCCAAUAAAAUCUGUACUUAAAUUGGGUGUCUUCAAGUGAGGAAAUUUCUACAUCCCAAAGCCUAGUUAGCUUUGUGCUCUCUACUGCUCUUCCUCUGGAGGCAGAUCUGUGUUUCUGAUUCUGAAAUGCUGAGUAAUGAAAUGUCGUGGAUCAAUUAAUCUAAUGCUGAGAGGUCAAAAAUUACUCGAGGCAAAUUCUAACCUUAACAUGAAAAUAUGGAAUCUGUGUUUGGAUCUCAAUAACAACUGUGUUAGCUUUAGCAGUAGUAUUUUUUGGAUAUUUCUAAGGGAAAAAAAUGUAUAAUUACUAAUGGCUAGAAAAGGCAUCUUCCCACUAUCCUUAUGUUCUUCAGUGCUCACCUUUUUCAAGACCAUAGAGGUUUCCAACUAACAGAAACAAUGUCAUCUGGAAUUUAAAAUGGGCAAUAUGGGUCAAAUUCUAUUAUCGAUUGUUCUAAUGUAAUCCAGUGGGAACUCCUGUGCGUAACUGAGGGCAGAGUUUUGGCCUUUGUAUUCAUAUAGAACAUACAGAGACUCACUAAAUUCCCAUAGAUAAUUAAAGCAAUUUAAGAUUUUAACAAACUGAAAGGUUAAUAUUGUACAGUUUUAUUUUGAAAAUUGAAAUCAAGAUGUUAGAUCAAACUAAGAGUAUAGAAUUUAUAGGCUGCCUUGAUGGAUGAAAGUGGAUAGAUUCUGUAGAAAUCCCUUUAGCAUCCUAAGAGUUAUUCCACUUCCAUUUUUAAUACUAUAACGUUUUCCUUACAUGUCUUAAGGCCAAAUUUUGCCCUCAUGCACAUAUGUAUUUGAUCCUGAGAUCACUGACAUUUGUGUGCAAGUAUCUGAGAGCAGACUUUAAUUCAAUAUCUAAAAGCAAUUGACUAUGUUCUCUUCCUUUGCCGUUGGACUUAUCUUACGGUAACAAAAGCAAUGAAACAGGACUGCAUGACUGCACUUGAAGUCACUUCACCACUUCACUGCACCACUUCUGUCUUAGGACAACCAACACUAAUAAAUACUCUUAAAUAAGA